GGUGGCGCUGCUGUGAGCUGCCCCUGGAGGUCAUGGACAGGCUGUCAAGGAUGGGGCCUGCCAUACCAGAGCUCCCGCCGCCCUGGGGAAGCGAUGUGGGCAGUAGCUCAGAAUGCAGCUCCUCCCCAGAGCCUGGGCCACCGGGGACUUGCAGGAGAAAGAACAGGAACGGGGAAGACUGGAUGGUCCUGAAAGCUGAGAGGGGCCACAGAAGCCCAGAUGACACAGGACUAUGGGAGACAAGUGAGGGCACCAGCUUCCCUGGGUUGAGGGACCGUGAUACCCAGGAGGGCAGAGAGGGAGACAGGGCCCGGCUGGCAACCUCUGAGCAGGUGAGCGGGAGAGAGAGCAGGACAGAGAAGGCAGCUCUGUGUUCUGCUCUGAUCCGUCUGACUCCACACGGAUGUGGAGUUCUCUGAGACACCUUUCCCUGAAUCUGAGAGCUUACUAACAGAAGGCCGGGCCUCUGAGAUAGAGAUCAGGCAUGUAAUGAAUGAAUGUGAAUCAUGAAUACAGCUGGAGCACCCCUCAUCAGGGUAGCCCACACCUUACAACCGUGGACACAGAGGCCUUGUUGCUUCCCCGAAAGUCUAGUUAAUGACUAGUUAAUGGCUAGUUAAUAUCUAAUUAGUGACCAGUUAACGACAAUGCUCCUAACUCCAUCAUCCCACCCCCUUUCCCCAAAUUCAGCACAAAUGGCUUCAGUUUGAGUUUCCCAAAGCAUCUCCUCAGGUGUGUGGUUACAGCCCAGCCCUAGGGUCUCUGGGUGCAUCGGCCUCCCCCUCCCAGAUCCAAGUACAACUGAAACCCUAACAAUAGAAAUCAUCAUUGCUGGCCCAGCGCUGCCACCCCUGCUUCUGUUCAUAGCCUGCUUUGUUUGUUUUUAGUCCCUUAGGCACUGGCCCUAACAACAAAUGAGGAGAAGCCAAGUUCUCUGCUUUCUGCAGACAGGGCCUCCCCUGGAUGGGAUCUUCCUCUGAGGCGAGCUUCAGAUCUGCUCAAGCUUCCUGCAGUGGGGCCAGGAGGCAGGGCCCGGGCAGGGGAGACCAGAGCCUCUCGGUGAUGCCUCCGAAUGGCAGGGCUCAGACACACACACCGGGCUGGGUUUCAGAUCUCUUAGUUUUGGGUGCCCAAGUUCACGGAGGGUGCCGGGGAAUAGAAGCUCUGUCAGUCUCAUCUGGAUCUUGGUCCUCAGCAACUGUCUGGAUCCUGACAGGCCUUGGUCUAGGUCUCUCCAGGCCUUUCCUUCCUGGAGCCACAGUGCUUAGAGACAGGCCACUGGGGUCAGCAUUUGAGCUCAGCUAUGAUCAGAAAAAAGCACCGUUGAGGUUGCAGUGAGCCAAGAUCACGCCACUGCACUCCAGCCUGGGCGACAGAGAGAGACUCCAUCUCAAAACAAAAACAAACAAACAAACAAAAAGCACCGUCGAGAAAUGGCUCCAGCGCUGACUAGCGGCCACCUCAUUUCCCCCCUUGACCACUGGGCCAGUUGGGUGGCUAGGUUGCCUCAUUUUGCAUCCUUCUGUAUCCCCAAAUCUGAAAUAAAAGCUGGAAAAAAAUUCUUGUGAAGUUUGCAUUCCAAUCUAUAAUAUCCACUUGCUAAAAACUAAAAAUGAUGCAUCUCCACAAAACUCUGCAAGGAAA